AAAAUUUCCUCAGUAUCAAGCAGACAAGCUUCGGGUUGAAGUUAUUUUCGGUCCAAAAUUUUCAAAAUUUUUCUUUAAAAAUUUAACAAAUAAAUUUUAGUAUUUUGAACUGUAGUUUGGCACAAAAACAAAUUUUAUUUUAUUCAUCAUGUUUCUAAGUCGUUUGGCGUGCGCUCUUCCACGUAAAGUUAUAGUCCGAAGUGUUUCCACCCUAACUGGCCCUGUCGAGCCGAAUGGUCUGCCACGGACAUCGUUAGAAAGCUAUCAACAGCGAUUCCAAUUUAGCAAAAAAUGUGAUCAAGAAGAAGCAAAGAAGAAAUGUGCAGAGGCUGCUGCCAAGAAGUGCGCAGAGGCUGCUAAGAAGGAGAAGGAAGCGGCCGAACGGAAGAAAUGUGCAGAGGCUGCUAAAAAAGAAGCCGAAAAGAAAAAGUGUGCAGAGGCUGCCAAAAAAGAGGCUGAAAAGAAAAAGUGCGCAGAGGCUGCUAAGAAAGCAAAGGAAGCGGCUGCAAAGAAAAAGUGUGAGGAGGCUGCUCUAAAGAAAAAGUGCGAGGAGGCUGCUAAAAAGAAGAAAGCAGCGGCUGCAAAAAAGGAGGCUGAACUCAAGAAGAAGUGUGCAGCUCUUGCCAAAAAAGAAAAGGAUGCAGCACUGAAGAAAAAGUGCGCAGAGGCUGCCAAAAAGAAGAAGGAAGCAGCAGCCAAAAAGAAGAAGGCAGCGGCUGAAAAGAAAAAGUGUGAAGAGUUAGCUCAGCAGAAAAAGUGCGCAGAGUUAGCUAAAAAGCAAAAGUCUGACUCUGACAAGAAGUGAGCCGGCGGCCUAAAAUGUGAAAUUCUUUAAAGUACAGAUUAUGCAAGUAAAGCACCCAAGCAAUCCAGACAGGCGUCCCCACAGAAUCAGUAGAAAUGUGUAAAUACGCGACAGAAGGGGUCCAAGAAAUAUGAAGUGUGAAACAACUACUUGAGAGAAUAAAGAAGAGGCUCCUACCAAACAACGAAGAGAAGACUGAACUUUCUGCUUAAAAGUGGUCUUAGAAAUAAAGAAUUCCCCCUGUAAAUGCGUAAACCAGAUAUAUAACAGAUCAGAAUGAAGAAAAGAAUUAAUUUAAGUGUAACAGAGUAUACAAAUAUACUAUAAAUUAUUUCGAAAA